CAUUUAAAAUGGCAAUGAAUUCAAUUGCUCAGUGGUUGGUGUCUUGUGCCAUGGGUGCACUGACGGUGACCAAUGUGGUGCGUCACGUGAAUGUCGCAAACGAUAAAGAGACUGUGCCCAGGACUGUCAGCAUUAAAAACACGGCGGCAAUCGACAGCUCGCCCACGUCAAACGAGGAGUUCGCAGCAAUAGACCACUCCGACUUGACCGAACCGCCAGUUCUUGGCUCGGAGGCGGUCAAUGCGGCGUUGCAGCGCUUAUUCAGUAGCAAAGAGAAUCGGAGCGUGGAUCGCAGCAGUGUCUACAUCGAUGCCAUGCACAAUGAUGCCAAUAAACAGGAGUAUACCCUCGGCUCGGAGGCACUCAAUCGCAUACUGGAGGGACUACAAACACCAUCGGGUGGGGUCCCCAGCAAGCGAGUGUCCUUUGAACCGCCUGCAAAUGUUUAAACUUCAAGAUGAGGAAUUCGAAUAAAUUAAAGUUUCUGCCUGGUUGAUCCACACACAAA